AUGAACGUCGUCCGCGAAAUCACCCGCAUCAACCAAACCGAACUCGACAUUGCCAUCAACAACCCUUCCGCAUCUUGGCACGAACAAUACAAGGACUCGGCGUACAUCUUCAUCGGUGGUCUGCCGUACGACUUGACGGAGGGCGAUGUCAUUGCCAUCUUUUCGCAGUACGGCGAGGUGGUGGAUGUCAAUUUGCCGCGGGCCAAUCCGAACGCGGGAGAAAAGAACGACGACCGGCGAGACGGUGCUUCGACGUCCCAGCCGAAGCCCGUGGGGAAGGGCAAACAUCGUGGAUUCGGGUUUCUGAUGUACGAGGAUCAGAGAUCGACCGUGCUCGCGGUGGAUAACUUGAAUGGAGCACAGGUGCUAGGACGGACGCUCAGGGUGGACCACGUGGCCAGCUACAAGCAGCCCAAGGUGACGGAUGACGAAGGCAACAGAGUGGAUGCGGAGAGCAAGAGUUUGAAUGCUGCUCCGCCCCAGCUUGGUGUUGGCGCGGCAGGUGGGGCGGAGGAGCAAGACGAGCAGGACGACUUGGAGGAUCCAAUGGCGGCGUACUUCCAGCGAAUGCGACGGGAAGGGAAGGGAGCCGACGCUGAUUCGCAGGACAGAGAGGAGAAGCGACGCAGGAAGGAGGAGAGGGCGAGGAUCCGAGCAGAACGGGAAGAGAGGCGGGCGCAUACUAGCGGUUCAGGCUCGACUUCAAGACGGCCUGUUCCUUCUCCGGGUCGUGAUCGACACCGAAGCCAUCACCGUGGAAACGAGAGGGAAGACAAUCGAGACCACAAAUGGCAUCGGUUGCAUCGCGAUCGUGGGGACGACAGCGAAGAGGAGGGCGUCAACCGCUACGAGCAGAUGAAGAAGCGCAGCAUCCUCGACACGAAUGGAUCGGACCGAAUUACUGCAGAGCGUCAAACUUCCUCGCGGCGGCAGUCACGCUCAAGGACACGCUCUCGCACACCGCCAACGUCAUCCUCUUCUCGUCGGAGAGACACCGAAAGAAGAGACGAGAGGAAACACGGCGAAGACCGACAUCAAGAUCGAGCGGCCUCUUCGUCGCACCAUCACAGCAGUCGCAGGCGGUCUCGUUCGCCGCGUCGCUGA